AUGAGCGCUCAUGAUUCCGCAUGGUUAUUCGGGUUUACUCCGCACGGCAAUCGGACGAAACGCGACCAGCUGAGCGUAAAGUUGCACCGAUUUUAUCGCGCCGAUGAUGUGCCUGAGGAUUCUCUCUCGUUGAUUCUUCAAGAACGGGGCGAGCUCGAAUUAGAACAAGAGCAACAGGAUCAAUUGGAACAAGCUCAUCAACGAGAAGUUUUCUCGUCAGAGAACGCGCAAACCUACUCGAUCGCUGCUCUCAGAGGCAAGUGCAAAGUGUCAUUUGUGAGGGAUCUCCGAUCAUUGGGCGAUACCGAUUUGACACAAGAAUCCGUCUUUGCUUGUUGUUUAUCCUAUAAUCAAGAAUCAAGAAGACUGGCACCUGUGCAAGGCGAGAUCCGAGUCGGUGCAGCCUAUCAGGCAAAGCUACCGGCCGAGCCGACAUGCAGUUUGUCCGAGGAUCCUGAUCGAGAUGAGCUACUUUAUGUGCCCGGGCAAAUCGAAAAGGAACGAGAAACGCAUUAUGUGAAUCUGACAAGAACUUUCCGCCGCUUCACUCUGUACGCAUGCAAAAUGACUGAAACAGAGCACAGCGCUCGAGUCAGCGAUCGAUUAUUGGACGAUGCGAUUGUUGCUUUGCAUAGGAAUGGAUACGAUAUCAAGAAAGCUAUCAAUGAAAUGAAUGCAAAUGAUCAACUACUCUCUUCGGAUGUCUCAUACUUAACGCAAGAAGAUGUGAAGAAAUUCGGGAAAGGGAUUCGCACAUACGGGAAAAAUUUCGUGAAAAUCUCCCGAGAAUGUCUUCCAAUGUACAAAAGAGAUCAAUUGGUCAGUUUCUACUAUUUGUGGAAAAAGUCACAGGAUGCGACGAAACCGAAAGCCAUUGGCAGAAUGAGAAAUCAGACAGCGAUCACGAGGAAACCAAAGAACUCUUUGAAAACGUCUCGUCCUGGAUCGACAGAGUUGCACGAUUAUGCGAGUGCGAGCGAGAGUGAAGUGGAAACGGGAGAAAUUGAGGGACGACCAUUGAGAUAUGCUUGCCAUCAUUGUUAUGAAUCGAAAUCGCGCGAUUGGCAUCACGCCGGCAGAGAGAAUCUACUUUUAUGCACGAAUUGUCGGCUAUUCUAUAAGAAAUACGGACAAUUGAGACCUGUUGAGAGACCAGCCACAGUCCCUCCUGAGUUGUUCAAGAGUGGAGACGACGAGGAAGAAUCAGGCGUUCGAACGCGAGCUGGACGCAAAAGAAAGACAGAGAACGCCGAUGCCGUGCCACAUGUGAAUGGGAAUUCGGCAAAAAAGAAACCAAAAGAAGAGGAUGAGGACGAGAAGAUGGAUAUCGAGAUGCAUGGAAUAUCGGUGAAAAAGGAGAUCAAAGACGAGCAUGAUGAGAAGCCAUCCCCUUCAUCGUCGACUCUUUCCUCUUGUUCUGCCACUCCAUCAUCAAGUUCUUCACUUCUUCAACCCCCAAAUGUCCCCUCUCCGUCAACUGCAGCCGUUGCCCCGAGAACGGGUGUUGAUGGCACUUCUGUGCCUGCCAUUUCACACAAAACUGAUUUGGAGCGAAAGUUGGCCUCAUCGCCAAAAUCGGGAACUCCAGUGAACAACGGACUUGAUGGAUAUUCGACAAUCAUAGCCGACGCAAAUCUCGGAGGAGAACCGAUUGAGCCAUACGUUGAAGAAGAGAAAGAAAUCCCGAUUAUAACAGAAGACAUUGUUCAUUCGUCGAAGAAUUGUGAAUUCAUUCUUGCUAUGAAAUGGAAAGAUGGACAACGAAGUGCGAGAACGGAUUUGAGAUUUAGAAAUAAGCCUGGAUCUGCUUGGGAUCAAGGAAAAAAGAGAAGCACGCGAAGAAAGGAGGAAGACCAAAUCACAUUCGAAUUCCGCUGGGCAACCGAAAAGGAAUCGAACCCGAUCGCUCAACAACAAUCUUUCUCGGAACUCCUUGGAGGAGUGGCAAGAGUUGCGUCUGGAAUGGUACCCGUUUCAAUGCCUACUCAGAUGUCUGCUCAGAUGUCCGGUCUGCCGCCUGGGAUCGCAAAUUUACAAGCUGGUUUCCCACCUGGAUCUAUUCAUCCUCAUCUCUUACAACAAAUGGCUCAGCAACAACAUCAACAACAUCAACAACAUCAACAACAGCAGCAACAGCAGGUAAUGCAAGCGAGAAUCCAACAAGAGGCUCUUCGUUUUAUGCAAAUGGGUCGAGGAGGGCCACCAUUUGGUGGAAUGGCUCCACCACCUCCACCAACGUCUUCCGCACAAGGUGGUCAUCCCAUUGGAAUGCCCCAUUUCGAUAUGAAUGCUCUUGUCGCUGCCGCUGCUCAAGAUCCAGCCGCUAUGCAACGCUUGCAAAUGGAAAUAUUACUGCAACAACAAGCCCAGCACCAACAGCAGCAACAACAGGCUCAACAAAUGGCGGCCGCAUCGAUGGCAAUGGGUGUCCCGCCUGGGAUGGCUGUUACACCAGAAAUGCAAAUGAUGUUAAUGCAGGGAUUGAGGGGAUUUGAGGCAGCUGCACAAACAAGCCGCUCAACAACAAGCGGCUGCGUUGGCUGGAAUGGGAAUUCAUCCACAAAUGCUGGCAAUGGCUCAAUUGAAUGGAAUGGGCGGCCAUCAACUCCCGUCUUCCGAUAUGAUGCGUCGAUUGCAAGGCGAGGUGAAGUAGACGAUCUUGGUUUUCGACGUCCAUGGGAUGUAAAACUUGACGAAAACUCCACUUACUUCAAAACAGCAAAUGCCUACUCGGAUUUUUGGACCCAGUACUUGCCGACGGGCGUACCAUCGACGUUCCGGAAAGAGGUUUGGCUGCGUAAUUGUCCGCCUCGUGGUGAGAUCCCGUCAACUUCAGUACCGAAUUUAGUGGCUGAAGAGAUUCGACUUGAUCUACCGCGAACAUUUCCCGAUAAUAUUCGAUUACGAAACACAAAAGCCCAAAACACGGUGGGAAGGAUUUUGUAUGAGUUGGCCCGGGUCUCAACUUCAUCGCCGCUCUUUUUUGUGGCUGCUUUUUGGAGAAUGAGGAACGGACAGGAAGAUCUUCUUAUAUUUUUGAUAAAACCCCGAAGCUCUUGGUAUGGAAUGGAUAUGAGUGGAUUGCGCGGAGAUAUGCGAGUAUUGGCUUAUGAGUUGUUACGACGGUUCCUCCGAAUUUGGGAUUGUUUCAUUUACGAGGACGUUGUUUGGUUCUUUCGAGUUGCGAUACGAUUGCUUCGAAUAAAUUCCAUAAAAAUUGCCGCCUGCAAGACGAUGGAUCAACUAUUGACAACGAUUCAAUCAAUCGGACCGAGUAAACCCUCACUUAAAUGUCAUCUGCUUAUACAGAAUGCGAUGAGCGAAAAGAUCACUCAAGAUCAAGUCGACGCGUUGAGAGAUCGAUUCUCGAAAGAAUUC